UAUAUUAUUAUGUCAGCAUUUAGAACCCAUAUCAAGAAAUAAACAAAAUACGAGAACCAAUAUAUUCUUUACAUUAAUGUAAGAUUGAAGUCAAGUUCUACCUAAAGACGUUUAAAAUCAUACAAAUGAAUAUACACUGUGCAUUUAAAGUUUUAUCAUAUCUGUAUACUCGGAUAUUCAUUGGUAGAUUUGUUUGAAUUUAAUCACGCCUCCUGAAUUGCGUAACCAUUUAAGACAGUUUACACCCUCUAAAACGGAAAACAGUUUGAAAUAUAAUAGAAAAUGUCAUGCGACUUUAUCAAAAUACAGAUUCCCGAGGAGUAUUCUUGUUUACAGUUUUGUUGACAAUAUUAUGUGCAUUGCUUCUCGGACUAAAUACCUUGAUUAUAAAAUUUCUUUCUGAGGAAGAUCAGUUCCAAGAAUCCGGAUACUUCAUUAAAUAUCUGAAAGAAUAUCCAUUCUUCUGUGAUGAUUUAUCAUUGAGUGCUGAUGAGAAUGACAACACCUUUAACGUAAAAAGAAAGCUUUAUAAAUCCUUCCUGUACAACAACAGUUAUACCUGCAGCUUUUGGAAUCUUACAGAACCUUUACAAAAGUUUGUUGAACGAAAAUCAAGACUAAGACUUGCUUCAGGACUUCAGGGAAAACAAUAUUUACAAUGCGGAAACGAAAGUCUCAAAGAACCCUCAGGUUAUCUGAGUGCCGCUUUCAGAAAAGUGUCACGGCACCAAACUUACGAAGGAGACGGAUCAAACAUCAAACUGCACUGGGACAAACAUUCACAGGUUUCUUUCAUUUCCGAAGAUCUCUUAUACCACAAUGGUGAAAUCAAAGUACCCGAAGGGCGGUUUUAUUUUCUUUAUUCUUCCGUAUUGAUUAACCUAACCAACGUUGUAAUCCAGUUUGGGAAAGCGUACAAAUUUCUUUUACAGAUUUGUGUUACCAGUUGUGGUUAUGAACGCACUCUUUUGUAUAAAUCUAAAGUUUAUUACCCUAAUUCCACUAGUUCAAUUUCAUCCUUAUCGGUUGGAGGUCAUGUUUUCAUUGAAAAGGGUGAUGCAGUUUACGUAAAGGUGUCUGAAGCAAGCAGACUGAUUCGCGCUUCUGUAGGAAAUGUAUUUGGAAUAUUGCCACUACGGUAAAUGUUUGGAAAUUUUCAUCUUAUCAGAACACUUCUUGUUAACAUUUACCCCUUGGCAAAACUGUUUACGUCUAUCAAAAGCUAAUGGAAUAUAUAAUCUUUGUUGUUUUUUACUGCAUAAUUCUAACUGAAACCUUUUGCUUACUGUACCUUUUCAAUUUGUAGUAUUGUUUAUUCUCAUUUGGAACAUAUUAAAAAGAAAAAUAUUAGU